AUUGGCGGUGCUUAUACAGAAUGAAACUAAGCAAAUCGGAGUACUGUGAAAUUAUUCGAGAAGGGCACUUUAACUUGUCCUUUAAGAUUUUCUAGCUUGAAAAUCAAGUUUCUGCGAUUUAUUUUCGGAUUAAGUAUGAUUGUUACAAUUUGUGAUUGAGUUUUACCAAGAGAACCAUGUGCGACAAUAUGAACAUCAAUCCGUUCGCUGGAUUAUUUCCGACCGUCAACGAUGCCGUGUCGUUUUCAUCGCAAAGUCAGAGGGUUGUUAACGAAAAUGACAGAGUUAAUUAUGUUACAAAGCAUGAGAAUAUAAACGUACAGGACACGACAGGACCCACUGAAUUUCAAGGUCCAAACAGUUCCACAAUUGAUAGUCAGGUUAACAAUCUACUCGCUGACGUAUUCGGAAUAACAUUACACGCGACAGAAAUGAGUGGAUGUAAAAAUCGUAAAUUGAUUUUUGUCGAUGUCGAUUCGAUCGAGCAAGCAGUUUUCGAACGAUUAAUGCUUCUUGAUCUCGUGUCAAAAUUGGUGCCUGCUGAAGAUUCUCAGCAAACCCCUUGCAACUCGCAUACAUUAGAAACACAAGCAAUAUCCUACUUAUUUGAAAGUUAUUGUCGACUCCAACGAUAUCAGAACAACCAAGAACUGGGUAAUGUUGUCUGUAAAAUGCAAAAAAUUAUCUUACAAAAUGCAGGAGUAGCGUUACAAGAACCAGACUUGUUUGAAGGACAAGGGAUACAUAAUCAGUUUAUCCAAUUAUGUAUUGACAAAGCUGGAUCAAUGCCAGAAUUUGUGUCAUUCACUAAUGGCAUUGUAAUUGAGUUACAAACAGAGAACAAAGAACAUGCUAUGGAUACAAUUGCUGUAUCUUUUAAUCCUAUUUUAGAUAUUAUUUACAAAGAAGCAGCACAAGUUAAUCUUGCCUCUUUUAGACAAGAUUGGUUUACAAUAUUAAAUCUUUUUUGUUCGAUAGAACCUUUAGCUAAAUUGAUAAUCCAUCAUAGUACUCCAAAGCAUAUCUAUGGUAGUGCAUAUGCGAAAACAUUAUUAGGUGCACUUUUCAGUUUAAGUUGUUUGCCAAAAACAAUAGAAGAACCUUUCCAUUACUUCGAUGCGCCAUUACUAGAGUCUACCGCAACUAUCGAAGGAAUGAUUUGGACCUUUCUGGAUGAUUUAAACGAAUCAUUGCAUAAAGUUUUUCAUUUAUUACUCAAAUGCUCUGUGGAAGUUCGCCACUUAACUCUGCAGUGGAUAGGUAAUUGUCUUUCCGCAAACGCGAAUAGGGGAAAAAUAUGGAACAGUCAGAACGACACAAGUCUGGGCGCUAUGUUAUGCGUUUCUGAUGGUUUUAUGUUAAAUCUGGGAAACGUGCUGCUCCGGCUAUGUCAGCCAUUUUGCAUUAAACAAAAUGAAACGAAAGUGCCUAAAAUAGAUCCGACGUAUUGUGCGGCAGCGACAAAUGGGAACGAAUGCUCAAAUGAUGCUAUACACUUAAAAGGAUUGUCUUUGGAAACUUGUUUAAUACCAACAUCAGAUGAUGGAGCCAGACCAAUUGCAAAAACAUUUAGUUUUACUACUGAAUGUUUUUUUUUAACUCACAGGGCUUUAGAUCUUGGUUACAGGGUAGUAUUGGAUAAGCUUUCGAGAACAAAUCAAGACUUGUCAAGAAUACAAAGAGCGUACGCAGAUGCGGUAAGCAAUGUUGAUAUCGAAGCAGUGGAAUUAGGAAAAAUUUUAGUGGAAGAAAGGAGCAAGUCUUUAUCCUUUAAUGCGAGUCUUUUAGUGCCAGAGAUGUUAACAUUGUUAGCGAAAUUUCACGCGACAACAGCAUUUUGGUUAGUACAAGUGUAUUUAAAUAAUGAAGAAGUUGAAGGAGGUAAACAGAUUGAUUACACUCCAAAGGAAUAUAAAACAAUAACAUUUCCUCUGCCAGACACUGUUCCAGACACUUUGAAAUGCAUUCCUGAAUUCGUGGUGGAGAAUACCAUUAGAUUUUUAUGCUUUCUGCGCCAUUCGAAUCCAAAUGUUUUUGAAGAACAUGGUUCAUUUUUUUUAACACCAGUGUUAACUGAGAUCAUAGUACUGAUGGAGUCACAGCAACGUUUAUACAAUCCUCAUUUACGUGCUUGUCUGGCAGAAUCUUUAGAAGCUCUUCUACCUACCAGUGAUGAAACCAUAAAUUCUACAACGCUGAAUUUAGGAACAUUCCAUAGAGAACAAUUAUUUAUUAAGCAUCCUUACAGGCAAUAUAUUGUCGCCAACUUGCUGAAAGUAUUCGUAAGCAUCGAAAUGACUGGACAAAGCGUACAGUUUGAACAAAAGUUUAAUUAUCGAAGACCAAUGUACGUUGUUAUGGAAUAUUUGUGGAAACUUCAGGAACAUCGUAAUAAUUUUAUUAUUUUAGCUGAAGAAGCAGAAGCAAACAUGGAGGCAGCUCAACCCCCUUUGUUUUUACGUUUUAUAAAUCUUUUAAUGAACGACGCCGUAUUUCUGUUAGACGAAGCGCUUUCAAAUAUGGCCCAGUUGAAACAAUUACUUCAAGCAAGGGAAAACGGAGAGUGGAAUGAAUUACCGCAACACGAGCGCGAUCAGCAGGCUCAGUAUUUGCUCCAUCUCGGAAUGAUUGCUCGAUUUGACAACAUAUUAGGUAAAAAAACAAUAGAAACGUUAAAAAUGUUAACGACAGAGAUCAAAUCGAUCUUCUGUCACUCGACAAUGGUAGAUCGUAUUGCUUCGAUGCUUAAUUAUUUACUACUACAAUUGGUUGGACCGAAUAAGAGAAAUCUGAAGGUAAAUUAUAAAAAUGAUUAUGCGUUUAAUCCUGCAAAUUUAGUGCUGAACAUAUGCGAAAUUUACAUAAAUCUUAGUCAAUUUGAAUCCUUUACACUCGCCGUUUCUCAAGACGGUCGAUCGUACAGUCCUGAACUGUUUAAGUUAGCCGAUAGCGUACUCGUUCGUAUCGGAGGUGCGAGUAUAUCCGUAGGUUUGAGUCGAUUCGCGAAAAAUGUAGAAACAGCUGCAAGUCACAAAAGAGAAGAAGACGAGAUACUGGUCGAUGCUCCUGAAGAGUUUCUAGAUCCUAUCAUGUCUACUUUGAUGAUUGAUCCUGUAAUUCUUCCAUCUUCUAAAAUAACUAUUGAUCGUCAGACUAUUGCCAGGCACCUACUAAGCGAUCAAACGGAUCCGUUUAAUCGGUCUCCUCUGACCAUGGACAUGGUAAUAUCUGACACCGAACGUCAGCGCAGGAUACAAGAUUGGAUAAAUAAGAAGAAACAGGAAAGAGCGAAAAGUUGUCAGUGAUUACAGGAGAUCAAAACUCCGAUUUUACAGUUUUAAUAAGGAUAUGAUACACUCAAUUCUCCCUCGAGUUUUCAGGUAACAAAGAAAAUGAAGCAUGAUCUAAAGCA